CGGAAGGUAGGAUUCAGGUCACACGCUUAGGGAAUGUGGAACAAAAAACGUGUCUUAAAGCUUGGCCAAGAUGCAGUUGACGAGAGAGGACACUGGGGGAGUAAGGUAGAGUUUCUUCUGGCCGUUGCCGGGAACAUUGUGGGCCUGGGCAACGUGUGGAGGUUUCCGUACUUGUGCUACAAAAAUGGCGGUGGUGCAUUCCUGGUGCCGUACCUGGUGUUUGCAUUCACGUGCGGUGUACCGCUCUUCCUUUUGGAGACCUUUGUGGGCCAGCACACUCAGGAGGGUGGUAUCACUUGCUGGAAGAAGCUUUGUCCAGUGGCUGAAGGUAUCGGCUAUGGGGGGCUGCUGACCCAGAUAUACGGCUGCAUGUCAUACACUAUUAUCCUGGCCUGGGCUCUUUUCUACCUUGCGUUCUCCUUCAUCUCUCCACUGCCCUGGAGCACCUGCGACAACUACUGGAACACAGCUGAUUGUGUCAUUGUUACAACAAGGAACCUCACCAACCACACCAAAGGAAACUCGGCAGCUAUGGAAUUCUGGGAACAUCGAGUGUUGAAUAUCUCCGGUGGUAUUGAGGAGAUUGGCAACAUCAGGUGGGAGGUGCUUCUGUGCCUCCUGACAAUGUGGGUCAUUUGUUAUUUCUGCAUCUGGAAAGGGGUCAAAUCAACUGGAAAGGUAAAGUCCAUUAAAGUGUGA